CGGCUACUUUUUCUGAGUUCAGAUGAAGGAAUCCUGGUACAUACUCGAGUCCACCUUUAGGACUAGCAAUAGAGGAAAGAAAAUUACAUUUUUUGUUUUGGGCGAGAAGAAGUCCUUCUGGUCAUAUCUCCCCAUGGCACUGCAUUAUUGCUCCGAGACCGCCCUGAUUUGACAGUCUGGACCGCCUAAUAUCUUUUCCCUGUCAGAGAUCGAGAUCCCAACCGAACUCCAAACGAAGUGGGGCCCAUGCAACCAUUACUGCCUCAGCCGAAUAUAAUCCAUAUUUGUGUUCGGAGUACCAUCGCGAACAGCUUCCUCGCAGGAUUUCCACACGAAUUCAAGAUCGACCGAGAGAGUCCCCAUGUCCAAGAUGAACACCGCCGUCCCCGACCAGAAAGUCCGCAUCGUCUCAUCCACCGCCGUCAAACCGUCUUCUCCCACCCCUCCCCACCGCCGCACCCUCAAUCUCUCCCUCCUCGACCAGCUCUUCCCCGCCGGCUUGUCCCCCACCAUCCUCUUCUACGCCGACCCCGCCGCCGGCGGCGAGUCGCUCUCCCACCGCAUGCGGGCCUCUCUCUCCGAAACCCUCACUGAUUUCUACCCCUUGGCCGGCCGGCUCCGGGGCAGCGCCUGCAUCGACUGCAACGAUGAGGGCGCGUACUGGGUCGAGGCCCGAGCCGACCUCCCGCUCGCCGACGUCCUCGCCCGGCCCGACGGGACGCUGCUCGCCCAGCUCCUCCCUUCGUCUCACCCGGAGACGUCGCUCUUGGCCGCCAUGGGGUGCCUCCUGAUUGUCCAGAUCACCACCUUCACCUGCGGCGGCGUCGCCGUCGCCGCCUGCAGCACGCACAAGCUCCUGGACGCGUCCUCGCUGACGUUCUUCCUCCGGAGCUGGUCGGCGAGAUCCGCCGGGAGGCUCGAGGGGGCCGGCCACCUCCUCCGAGGUUCCUCGGGGAUUCCCUCGUGCGGGCCAAAGAGGUGCCCUUCAUGCUGUCGGACUACGCCGGCAUGGAGAGCUGCGCGACGCGGAGGUUCGUGUUCCACCGGUCCCAGAUAUCCGCCCUCAAGGCCGAAGCGGUCCGCGCCGCCCGGCCCGGCGAGUCGACUCGGUUCACGAGGGUCGAGCUCGUGCUGGCGCUCAUCGUCAGAUGCGCCCUGGCCGCUUCCCGGUCCGUGACCGGGUCUUCCCGUCACCCUACUCUGCUGCGCCAGAUGGUCAACCUCCGGAACCGGAUGUCGCCGGCCCUGCGAAACAACGACGUCGGGAAUCUCGCCUUCGGCAUCAACAUACUGUACGAGAACAGCGAGUCGACAUUCCACGAGCUGGUCUCGAACAUCAGGAAGGAGAUGAUCAAUUUCACCAAGGGAACUCAAGCGAGCAGGUCCGACAGCGGGGAGCUCUUGUCCAUAGCGUGCGGGUCGAUCGGGAAGGCAGGGGACUUCUUCGGAAAAUGGAAGGAGGAGUCGCGGUUCUACAGGUGCUCGAGCCUGUGCGGGUUUCGGUUCUACGAGGUCGACUUCGGGUCGGGGAAGCCGGCGUGGGUGACGUGCCUGAGCCGCGCGAAGAACUUCGUGUACAUGGUGGACGCGAAGGACGGGGACGGGAUCGAUGCGUGGGUGACGCUGGACCGGCGCGACAUGGCCGUCUUCGAGCGGGACGGGGAGCUCCUCGCCUACGCCGCUCCGAACCCCAGCGUCGCGCACCAUGUGAUGCAUCCUUCUCGGCUCUGAUUGCUGCUUGAUGAACGGACCGUGAGAUGUUGCUCAUUUGAAAACGGUGCGUCGUUGACCGAAAGCAAGAAAAAAUGAAAACGGAGCUACGUUUGAGUGGUUUUUUUCUUUUUUGGUCGAACGUUUGAAUGGUUGAGGAUAAUAUAAUUCGUACACGGAAUCAUCUCGAAACUCCAGCUGUCCAUAAUUCAUUUGUUUCAUAGAAGAUGACAUUUUUCAUUAAAAAAUUAUUUAUAGAGAAAAUGAUUAGUUCUUAUUUGUA